AUGCGGUCAGACCAGCCAAGGACGCCACGACUUCGGCGGAAGAAGGCGACGGCUUGUCAAAGAUGCAGAGCGAGAAAGCAAAGGUGCGAUGCUCAUGACCAGGGGGGAACUUGCCGGAACUGCAGGUCGGCCAAAGCUGAAUGUGUACCCGCUACUUAUGAGCCUACUGACACCUACUCGGUCUCGUAUGUCAAGGAUCUUGAGCAACAAGUCGCGAAUUUCCAUUCUCGCCUCCCUCAACAGCCUUCUGAGACAACGGCCCAAGUACACACUGGUCCUAGUACCCUUCUGGCUCGAAACACACAAGGAAACAUCUACGCAGAGAUCCAGGGCUUCAAUGAUCCCAUAAACGCAUUCUGUCUGCCCCCAAUACACUCCCACGAAAACACAGCCUUUCCCUUUGACUUCUCAUACCCAGAUGAGAACCUGUUCUCUAUCGUCCAGGAACCAACUACACAAGUAAUCAACACGGUAGAACCAAGAAGCUACUGCACAGUAGACCCAUCAGCGGACGCUGCAAUGGCUGAUGUUUCGGUUCGUGAAUGCGCUUCGUUCUUCCAGACGUACUUUGAGACCAUUCACCUCGCUAUCCCUUUCUCGACGUGGAGGAGUGCAGCACAGCAUACUUCAAAUGGAAAACGGGCGAGAUUAAAACCUGUAGCAACAGAGACUGGCCCAUGUAUCAUCGCCAAUGGUGCCAUCCUACAAAACGCAUGGCUCGAUCACACAGCCCGCCGACAGCGCCAGGGAUUUGAUGUUCAAGAACAAAGCAUUCUAUCGGAUGACUCUUUGAACCCGUCUCGGAGAAUCCAGUUUUUGCUUCUCCAUGCCUUCCUCGCACUCCAUGGCGAAAACACUGAGCGGAUCGUCCAUAUCGUCGGGGUGGCGAUGCGUUUUGCCGUCCUGCAUGGCUUUCAUCGCCUAACCAACGAUGGGACUGACGAAGCAGAUAUGAAGAUCAAAGCUUGGUGGUCCAUAUACUGCCUGGAUAAAGUUGUGGCGAUAACACUACGCAUCCCCCCUUAUCCACCGGACGAAUGGAUUGAGACACCAUCAUACGAAGCCAAGCCCGACCCUCAAUUCUUCAUGCCCUGGGCUGCUGAUUCACCGGGUCUCUCAGAUGGAGUGCUCUACAAUUUUGAUCUACGUUAUUUUGCCCAUAUGUGCCGCAUCAGACGGCUUCAUUCGGAGAUUCUUACCACAACGCGACGACUACCUCCAGAUUCCAAGAUUUUGCGUCUGCGUGAGUUGCGGGCCGAGAUCGACAAAUGGGCUAAGAGUGAUGAGGUGUUUGCGAAUGAGGAGGGGCAUGCGAGCCCUCUUGGCGUGGUUUACGUCGGACACAUGACCCGAGUCCUGCUGUACAGCUCCAUCUCCAUCGAAGCCUCAUCAGAAAUCGUUGAUGAGCUUCUUCAAGCCUGCUGUGACGCUUGUGCAACCUUUAGGGCUCUCCAAAAGAGAAAACAUCUGCCCAGGCACUGGUUUGAUAUGCUAUUUAUAUUCCAAAUAGGUGUCACGAUGAUAUACAUCGUCUGGCGGCGGGAAAUUACGUUAUCAAAGGCUGUUGACCGUGCCAUUAGAGACUGCGCGGCCAUACUCUCUAUAUUCGCUGAUCGGUCGCAGAAUGCAGACGUGUACCGUGACUGCAUGGACCUUCUUGCGAGCAGUGUAUCGAGAGCUACUCAACCGGUAAGCAUCGACGCGGAAUCUAGGCGGGAGCUUGCAGUACUGGUUGGCCAGGUUGAGGAAAACAGGCUUGCUUCUCACAUACAUUCCCAACUGUUGGAUAUGUGCAAGGACAACACCAUUGAUGGUCAAUAA